CUUCAAUAUUGCUGCAAUAUUGCAGUGCUGUGUGGGAAAUGUCAGCGUGCAACGUGGUCUUUAUAAGUAUCGAAAAAUUUAAUUUAUUAGAGUGAAAAUCAGUAUAAUCUCAAUGAGUCGAAUUUUUGAUUUGAAAUAUACUUUAUACAAUUUGAAAGAUCAGCAGCGAAGAAUGAAUUCAUCUCGGAAUAUUGCAGCGAAAUUAUCAGUCAAGACGAAGCUGACAGGAGGGGAAAAAUAUAUGAUAAAUAUAUGUGUAGUUUCCUUUUUAAUCUUAAUUAACAAUGAUUUUGUAGACGCGACACGGAAAGGGAAUAAAAUAAAGUUCGCUAAUCACUCGAUAAUUCCAAAUUGUUAUGUGAAAGUAAUGAUGGUGAACGAUGAUCAUAGAAUAGGUAUUUUUGCUAAGAGAGCGAUUCAACCUGGUGAAGAAUUAUUUGUUGACUAUAGAUAUAGACCAUGGAACAAUUAAAAUUCGUCGGUAUCGAGCGAGAAAUGGAGUUUCUCUAAUAUAUGUAUAUAUAUUAUAUGGACUUUUACACGUAUAAAUGGUGCAUCAAGCGAAUACAUACAGCUGAAAUAUUAGAAAGGAAAUAAGCAUAAAAAUAUCAAAGUAAAAAUAUACGUAUACAAGCACAAAAUUUCUGCGAGAAGUUUUAUCAGCAGCAAAUGCCAGAACAAAUUUCCUGAGUGUAGGUGCAAGGCGCAAUGCAAUACAAAGCAGUGUCUUCGUUAUCUGGCUGUCAGGGAAUGUGAUCCGGAUCUUUGCCAAACGUAUGGUGCAGAUCAUUUCCAAAUCAAUUAUACUAUAUUAUAUUAUAUUAUAUA